AACGGCCGAAGCCCGACAAGCCGAGAUUCGUAAUGUCCAUCUUCACGGGUAGUGAUCCAGAGGCGUGGCUCAACCGAAUUGCGCAAUAUUUCGAACUGAAUGAAGCCGAAGGCCACGAUCGAGUGAGGUACGCAGCAUUCUAUUUGGAUGGAGAGGCCAACGUAUGGUGGCAGUGGCUCUCAAGGAUCUACCGUAGGCGGCAACAGGUCAUUACAUGGGCUGACUUUGAGAGAGAAUUGCUCACACGUUUUGGUAC